GCAACUGGAAUGGAAUUAUGGAAAACCGUCAUAGGAUGACCGUAGUGUAGAUUACAAAAAUGGAUUUAUAUGUAAAAUGUCAGUGAUUUCCUUUUAGAAACUACUAAACUUGUGAUAAAUUAAUAAAUAAUACAUUUAUUUACCUGCCCCAAUAACUUUAGGUAAUGGUGGGGACCCACUUAUUUGUGCAUUUACAGUUAUUCGUGUAACACGUAUUUUGUGCAUAGAGUUCAUGCGUUGAAUUAGGCCACAUAGCGAUCUCUCCCUAAAAUACCGCUGUUCUGGUUGUCGACGUAUCAAGACAAGCUAUCUCGGGUGAGGCGGGAAAGUGAUGAUCGUGGAGUCCGCGAUCUAAUGUGAUGUCAUCAAAAGGGGAAACAGAGGCCGAUUCUGGCACCGUGUCACCGAAUUUACCUGCUGUUAAAAAUGAACCGGUGCCAGCGGCGAGCAAAGAGACUCCCAAAAGGGGAAGUGGUACAUUGUUGAAAUGUACCACCUGCAAUAGUUUCAGUACGCUCAGUAGCAGAGCACUAACAACUCAUAUGGCGCAGUGUUCACCGGACAACAACAAUGUGGCUGCCACCCAAAACAACACAGAUGCGAGACCACACAGAAAACUAUUUGAGUGUGAUGUCUGCAAUAUGAAGUUUUCCAAUGGUGCUAACAUGCGUCGUCACAAAAUGCGUCAUACAGGUGUCAAACCAUACGAGUGCCGGGUUUGCCAGAAAAGAUUCUUCAGGAAAGAUCACCUAGCUGAGCACUUUACGACACACACCAAAAGCUUGCCAUAUCAUUGCCCUAUAUGUAAUAGAGGAUUCCAGAGACAGAUUGCCAUGCGUGCACAUUUCCAGAAUGAGCAUGUCGGUCAACAUGACCUCGUUAAAACUUGCCCGCUUUGUAGCUAUCGUGCACAAACUAUGAAGAGCCUUCGAGUGCACUUCUUCAACAGGCAUGGUAUUGAUCUGGAUAAUCCUGGUCCAGGCAACAACUCUGUUUCCCUCCUCGCUGCCGGCAUAGCCAAUGCCGCAUAUGCUGAUGGCAUGGACCCUAGUGCUAUCAGCGCUUUGGGAGCACUAGGUUCUGGCCUGUCUGUGUCUGUGGCAGCUGCAUACUCUGACAGCGGCGACAGCAAUGGAGAACGAUCAGUGGACAACGCUACCCCACCUAUGCACUACCUUACCCCACAUGUCGAGAUAUCUAUGGCUGACAACAACGAAACAUUCUCACCAGGACAAAACAAUCACACUGAGCCGCAAGUAAACGGCGAGCGCUCUAACUCUCCGCCGUCGGGCGACAGCGCAGUACCAAGCAGUUCUCUGUCCACCGGCUUACCAGCCAACAUCACACCUUCUAUCACUCUUAUACCCAUCAAACAGGAACCGAACGCACAAGAGGAGGGCACGGAUAGGGAGGAGGGCGACAAGCGCGACGUGAGCUCGAGCCUGUCGUCGCUCAUCAAAGUGUCGCCGCUCAAGAGUCUGUUGCGCGAGGACCUGCGUCGGCGCAUCUCGGCGCGCGGCCGCAACCGCGGCGCCAAUGCGCGCGCUUCGCCGUCCGAGGGGGGUGCGAUCACGUCUACGGGUGGCGCCGGCGGGAGCGAGCCCCUGCUGUGCACCUUCUGCUGCAUCACCUUCCCCGACACGACGCUGUACUUCCUGCACAAGGGCUGCCACUGCGACGCCGACCCGUGGCGCUGCAACAUCUGCGGCGAGCAGUGCUGCAACGUGUACGACUUCAACACGCACCUGCUCAGCAAGAGCCACCAAUGACUGGCAGCCGGGGGGCCGUUCUAAGCGUAGCGAUCGAUCGGACGGGUGACACUAAACCGCUCUUUGCUCAGUAUCGUUCAGCAUGUAAGGUCGUGCUUAAGUGCCGUGUGCACUUUACUGUGCAGUCAAACUGUUACUUGAGUACUACAUGCUAAAAUUUAAAUACCAGCGUACUCUACUAACUAGUAUCCACUACAGCAUCUCAUAACGCUGGCAGCGUAUUACCUACGAUCGGUAUUGAGUAGGAGUAUGAGAGUGGUUAAUGAGUAUGGGCCUAAACUGAGGUAUAUUUUGCCUCCUGUUCAAUACAAGGAGGUAUAUUCAACUAUUCCCGCUCAAUACUUUGCCUGCAGCACGUGAAUAAAAUAAAACAUUACGCGGAAAAGUAAUUCGUAUUGUUUUGCGCAAUUCGCGUCCGCCGGCUAUUUGCACGAGGAGUGUAGAGCGCGCCUUAGAUUUUUUUCACUGAAUUAUCAUGUAAAAAAGUAAUAGAACUCUAUUUUUAUUACAGCAAAACUUCAAGACCCAGCUUGUUGUAGUUUUGCUGUGACGUGACUGGUUGAAUCUUGAAUAUUUUCAAGAGAAAAAAUAUAAAUUUAAUUUGACUGUUUAAAAUUAAAAAAGUAGGUGAUUGUAGAUACUGGGAAUAAUAUAAGAAAUGCCUCCUUGGUGUCACUCGUCCUGUACUCGACUUACUCGUGUUCGUGCGAUACUUUGAUCCUGAUUACAUGGGAUGUACGCAAUAAAUUCUUCUUUGAUAGAUCAAUAAUUCUCCGAAUCUCGUGUAUAUCGAGACCGAGGUGAUAUGAACACGAGUAAAUCGCCUAAUCGAUAUUUUAGUAUUUGUUGUAAGACAUUCCUUUUCUGAGGUUUUCUCACUGGCACGGAAGUGCUCGGAUUGCUAUUCGCUGAACGCCCCCCGAAGCUAUGUUAUAAAGUUCAAACGGUUCGGUUAUUUAGUGGUAAUUUUAGUUAAUGAGGGAUAUUCGUAUCGAUAUUUAGGUUUAUUUACUCGAGUGCUGCGAAUCGGCCUCGGCGAAAGAUUCCAAAUUAUGCGGCAGAUUCGACAUUCCAAUGUGAAAUGUAUGCAUUCCAUAUUAAGAGAUUUCUAGGUAGAGUAGACUUUGGCGGGGAGGGGUGGUGAUCGUUAUCUCUAUAUUUUUAUUUAUUGAUUUUGUCUGUACUUAACCGUACGUUAUUGGGAACGAUAUUUACAAAGUAUUUUGGUGCGAUAGUUGAAUUAUACAAAUGUUUUAUUAUAUCUUAUCGUAGAGAGUGUACAAAUUAAUAUAUUUUUACAUACGCUGUUAAAGAAUACGGAAGGCGAAGCCUCUUUUCGGUUAUUAUACUUAAUUGUGAUCGACUAAUAGAAAUGAAUUUUGAAUUCUACAUUCCACGUUUACAGCAUGUAAUGCGAGUCCACGACUACUUAUGUACAAGUUAUUUUUUGUUGUUAUUAUUUAUUUUCUAAAUUAUGAUGUGAUGACAUUGUGUGGUACUUAAAUCGUAUCGGGGUGACAUGUGUGUGUGGGUGAUGUACACAUACGCACUUGCUCAAUCGCUCCGACCGGCUCAAUGUGUUGAUAACUCAUAGAUUAAAUUCGCACAAAACAAAUCUUAUAUCCAAAAUUACAUUCCAAAUCGAGGAAUUUUAUUUACACCUAUAUUUUUAUUCGAAGACGUAGAAUCGUUCUGAAAACUUUUAAUUGAAGUAGUAUGUAUAUAACUUCAAUUUUAUAAUAUUUAAAGGUAGUAAUGAUGGUCUCUAUUUUUUUUAUGUGACAAGUCCCAGGACGGUCAGAGUCUAGAUAUACGUUGUGGCAUGGAAUAUAUCAAUAUGACGCAGUUCUUGUAGGAAUGAAGCAGAUGUUAAAUUUAUUGAUAUUGUUACUUAAAUAUUUAUUAUCUUAAAAAGUUACAGAUAAGUAUAGUAUUUAUUUUAUAUUAUUAGGAAACAUGGAGGAGAAAUAAUUGUAUAAAGAUUACAUUAGCAUUGGGUUUAGUAAAUUUUCUGUCCAAUCUGUAUGCAUUUAAUACUGUUUUCAUGUUAUCUAAAUUAUGAUGAGGCGCAGCGGGCAAGCUUGGCAUUUUAUAAAACUUUCCAAGUACCUACAGGUUCUAAAAAUCCCACUUAUCCAUAAUAAAAAUGGAUUUUGAUUUUGUUCGUCUCGCUAUUACUCGAGAACAGCUAAACCGAUUUGGCUGAUUUUAGUCUUAAAACAUGGAAGUC